AUGAAGAUAUCUUUAUAUGAUGACUUUUCCAUUAUUAGCGAAAUAUACUUCACAAGGUUCAUCGGAUGCCUAUGGACACUUGUUGCAUCAGAUGGUCAAUUCUUAAUAAGUUAUGUAUUACAAGAUGAAAACAGACAAGUUAGCAAGGUAACUAAUGAAAAAAUGCUUUUUGAACAAAUAUAUCCACUUUUGCCCAAUGUAUUUGCGGAACUAAAGGAUAUUGAAAUUGAUCAAUCAGUUUCAGUCAAUUAUCAUUAUUAUCCAUGUGGUGAUUUAGAAUCAUUCAUCAAAAGUGGUGAUGUUGCUGCUCUCACAACUGUUCAGCGCCUCAAAAUUGCCUAUGGAAUUGCAUUAUCAAUUAAAAUUAUGAAUGAUAAUGGCCUUUAUUUCAAAUAUCUAGCCUCAUCCUCUGUUUUCCUUGAUGAGAACUUUGAACCUCACAUAACAAAUUAUGCUUUUCCCGUUUCAGAAGUUCAUAAAUCAAUUCAAGAUAAUAUUUUUGAACUUGGCUCAAUAUUCGAAAGUUUAUCGGCAGACUCAAAUGAUUUCUUGUAUCAUCUUUCAAUUCAGUGCAAGAAAUCAAACAUAAGCAUAGAACAAAUUUUAGAGAAAAUCAUUUCAUUUUCUCGGACAUUAGAUGUAUCAGAUGAAGAAAUAUUUAUCCAGUAUAUGCAGUUUGCUGAGUCCAAUAUUGCUGGUUCUGAGCAUGGAAAUUUAGAAAGUACUAUCCAAGCUAUGAAAGUUGGAAGUACUCAUGCAAAGGACUUAAUUGAAUAUAUGGUUGACAUGGAGUUCAUUGAAGAAUGCAAAAAGAUAUAG